AUGCUCAGGCCAGCCCUUCUCCUCCGACGCGCCGCCGCACCGGCUGCUACGCGCGUCGCGGCCCCGCUCGCACCAGCAGCUCGAUACACCCCCGCCCGCUCCGUCCGCUCCGUCUCGUCCAGCACAACGCCAAAGCGCGCAUGUCCCGCUUGCGGCGCCGCAAUCCCCAUCCCAGCGUCCCCCUGCCCGUCGUGCGCUGCCCUCGUCGCCAUCCCACAGGGCCUGUCGCUGCACUCGCUCCUGGACGUGUCCGAGCCCGUGCCGGGCCAACCUGGGGCCGAGGCAUGGGACAUCCCCGCCGAGCUCGCCACUCUGCCGGCACACGGGUACGACCUGCAUGCGCGCGACCUGCGGAACCGCAUGCUCAAGCGACAGGCGGCGCUGCAUCCCGACCGACACAACGGCGCCGACCUCGCGGCCACGUUGAGUGCGCGCGUCAACAAGGCGUACGAGACGCUCGCCGACCCAUUGCGCCGUUCAGAGUAUAUCCUCAAGCAGUAUGGAAAGGACGUCAAGGAGCAGGAGGGCGUGCAGGAUCACGACCUCUUGAUGGAGAUUCUCGAGGCGCGCGAGACGCUCGAGGAGGCGAGCGACGCUGAGGAGAUUGAGGAGAUCCGGGACGAGAACCACGCCAAGGUCGUCGCUCUCGUCAAGCGCAUUACGGCCGCAUUCUCCCAGGACCCUCCCGACGUCGACGAGGCCAAGGCCCUCACCGUUGAGCUCAAGUACUGGAUCGGCCUGGAGAACGCCGCCCGGGAGAAGCUGUAG